CCAAAACCGUCCCCACACCCGCCCCGGCCCCAUUUGCCCCCGGAUCCCGCGGGAUGCGGCCCCAGAGAGGUCCCCCUCGCGCCGCUCCGCCCCAGACCGUGAAGCAGCUGCUGAAGGAGCUCCGGCAGCAGAAGAGCAGGGAAGGGGCGAGAUCCCCGGUUUUGGCUCUGCCCUCCCCGCGCCCCUCGGAUGGUGCCCCCUGGCCCGGCGCCCCCGCAGCGAUGCCCACCCCCUGUGCGGUCCCACAAGUGUCGCCCCACGGCAGCCCGGGGGGGGCCCACGGGGGAAGAGCCCCCGGUCUGAGGGAGCUUCAGGCCGCUGACAUCUCUGGCCCUGCCUGGCCCCAUCCCCCAGUGCCGUGGGGAGAAUUUGGGGCUCCCCUGCUGGGAAGGGAGACCCCAGACCCGUAUCCUGAACCCCAGGAACUGGCAGCUGCCCGUGCUGCACUGGGGGGCCGAGACCCCCGGGAGCUGCUGCGGCAGGACGAGGAAGGGGACACGCUGCUGCAUGUGCUGUGUGCCGGGAGGCUGUGGGCACUCGCCCGGGCUGCGGCCGAGGCUCUGCGGGACCUGGGGGGACUUGAGGUGCGGGAGCACAUGGGCAAGACUCCACUGCUGGUGGCAGCAGCAGCUGCAGCCCCGGAGAUCGUCCGGGACCUGCUUGUCCUGGGAGCCAACCCUGACGCCGCUGACCACAGGGGCCGCACAGCCCUGCACCUGGCUGCGGCCUACGGGCACCCUCAAAUCCUCCAGGCCAUGAUGUCCUCGGGAGUUCCUGUCAACGUGGAGGCCAGAAAUUUUGAGGGCCAGACCCCUCUGCACUGCGCCGUCCUGGCCCACAACGCCUCGCUGCAGGGAGGGUACCCCCCCGUGGGGGGCUCUGGAGGGGGGUCCCCCACUCCCCAGGACCGAUUCCGCUGUGUUGAGCUGCUACUGCAGAUGGGGGCGGACAGCAGCAGCCAGGACACCAAAAGUAGCCUGACAGCACUGCACCUGGCCGUGCGGGGAGGCAACCUUGCCCUGGCCCACCUGCUGCUGCGCCAGCCCGGCAUGGCCCCCCGUCUUGUCAACAUGAAGGCCCACGGGAACACCCCCCUGCACAUGGCAGCGGCGCUACCGGGGACCCCCAGCCAGGAGCCCCUUGUGAGGCUGCUCCUGGCCUGGGGUGCCGACCCCAGCGCCCGCAACCUGGAGCACGACCUGCCCCAGGGCCUGCUGCCCCCUGGGUCCCCCGGAGACCAGCUCCGCCUCCUCCUGAGGAGCCGCCGGGGGUCCCAUCGCCCCCCCCACACCGCCGAGUGACGUCAGAGGGGAGGGGUCCCCGGGUAUCAGAGGGGGGGACACCCCCAUAUUGGGGGAUUCCCCCCCCAUCAUUUUAAUUUUUCCUGAUUUCAAUGAAAUUGCCCCCAAAUUUCUGUGAAAUGAGUCUGAACCACAUUGGUUUGGUGGGGGGAGGAGCACGGAGGGGGUCCAGCUCCCCCAGCCCCCCCCCAUAGAGCCCUUCCCCCCAGCCUCAUUAAUGGGGGCUGCUAAUGAGGGGCGUCUCCUCUAAGUCGGGGGAGUUGGGGUGGAGCAUGCCAAAUUGGAGGGGAAACCCAAAA